UGGCCUUAAUUGUUUGCUUCCCAGAUCAGGAUGAAGACAGUCCAGUUUUGCUUCCUUUUCUGUUGCUGGAAAGCAAUCUGCUGCAAUAGCUGUGAGCUGACCAACAUCACCAUUGCAAUAGAGAACGAAGAAUGUCAUUUCUGCAUAAGCAUCAACACCACUUGGUGUGCUGGCUACUGUUACACCAGGGAUUUGGUGUUUAAGGACCCAGCCACGCCCAACAUCCAGACAACGUGUACCUUCAAGGAACUGGUGUACGAGACAGUGAGAGUGCCCGGCUGUGCUCACCACGCAGACUCCUUGUAUACGUACCCAGUGGCCACCCAGUGUCACUGUGGCAAGUGUGACAGUGACAGCACUGACUGCACAACGCAAGGCCUGGGACCCGACUACUGCUCCUUCAGUGAAAUGAAAGAAUAAAGGACAGAGGACAUUUUCGGCCACCUACCCUUGUCCUGAAGGACGCAGAUAUUCAAAAAGUCUGUGUGUGUGCAAUGUGCCCAGGGUUUUUAUGGACCAGGGGAUUGUCAGACUCUAGGGAUCCCUGGUCUACAGGCAGAGGGAACUCCGGGAAUUGAGAGUGCUAGGGCCAGGACUCUAUCACCAUUCAGCUCUGUAUUCCUAGGUCUGGUUUCAUAAGGUGUAUUCAGUCGUAACUCACAGAGUUGUACCUGGUUUCUUCCUGAAAAAUCUUAGAAGUCUUCUCAGACAAUGCCUUUCUCUUAGAAAGGGGGAAGCAUAAGCCUAGAAGGAGGAAGUGGUCAUGGGAGUGGGUGAAAGAACUGACUGCAGCAGUCUUCUGGUAGACUCUUGGGCCCUCUAAAGCAAGUCAGCGUCUUCUUCAGCAUUGUAGCCUCAAUGCCUAGCACUCUGCCUGGAACUUCGUGACGAUGGCUUCUUUAGAUCAGAAAGGUCAAACGUAGGAAAAUGCCGGAAGAGGAUGUUUGAAGUAAGCUGUUGAGGCUGCCCCCAGCCACACCAGUCCCAUGAAAGUAGUGGCAUGAGUUCCACCCAGCCUCCCCUCUGACACAUGGAGUAUUGAGCAUGAUGUAUGUCUCUGAAUUGUUCGGUACAGAUGGGGAGUAACACAGCUCAGGAUUUCCCAGCUGUCACUACCAAGCCUAUUAGUUAAAGCAAGAAAUUUUAAUCCGGGGCUGUGGAAAUCAGGCUGCCUCUAAUCAUUACUUAAACAAAUUGAUCACAUGUUACUAGGUUCCUGCAAAACUCCUUUUUGAGAUAAAGGAAAAAAAACAAACAACAAUCUCAUUCUUCCCUCCCAUGGAUCCCCUUCUUUGGAAUGACAAAGGAUUUGAAAGU